AUGGCGGUGUUACAAAGGAAAUAUCUUCUUCUGUGCUGGGUAUAUUUCCUGACAACGUGUGAUGUUGAAGGAAAGCGUUCGCGGGUCCCAGAUGCCACUCACCCAAAAGCUGAAAAAGAGAAUAUCAGUGAAAAUGAAAGCAAUGAAAGACUACAGGAUUGUUCGCAGGAUUGUACUAACAGAGACAGAGAUCUAUCAGAGGAAGACGAUAUUAGUUCCGAGGAUCGUUACCAUGGUAAAAAGGAGCAUUCCGGAGGAGGCAAGGACAGUUCGAAGGAAGACAAAGCUCGUGACAAGAAUGACGAUCGUGGGAAGAAAAGCUCAGCACAUUCCAAAGACAAUGUUCGGCAUAAAGAGAAAGGUGACGAUGAAGACGAGGUUGAUAAUGGAAGUGACAGCAAUGACCAAAAUAAUAAAGACGUCGAUGCGGAUAAGAAUGAAAGCAGUUUCGAUUCUGGGGAACAGAGCGACGACGACGACAAAAGUGUGACAGACCGAAAUAAUAAAAAAGACAAAUCUUCCAGAGACAGUGAAAAAGCUGACAGACAGAGCUCUGCGCAGAACUCUGAGAUCGAGGAAGAUGACCCGGAUGUGUCCCGGAAAGGAGGUACGUCUAGUCGGAGAAGUCGCUCCAUCGAAAAAUUUCUGACUUCCCGAUCAUGUCCUUGGGGAACUGUUCUGAAGUCUUCCCGUCUCUGCGUUAGGUUUUCAACGUCAAAAAACAGUAAACAAUUCCACCAGGCAGAGAAACAAUGCCAAAAAUAUGGCGGUGAACUGUUCAAGCCCUAUAGCCUGACGAUUGUCGAGGAUAUCAAGGUGGCAAUUGACUCUAGGAAUCACAGAGACAAUAUUAACUCCUAUUGGAUUGGCUUGUCAAAGAAUGGUCAGAGAUAUCGUUGGACAGAUGGGACAACGCUGUCCUGGGUACACUGGGCUUCCAGUAUGAAAUUUGACGGGAGUCGUGCGGACUGCGCAGUGGCUGUCGUGGACGAUGAUCACAGGUGGACUGACGAAAAUUGUAACAGAAAGCACUCAUACAUAUGCCAAUUUGGCACAGGUUAA